UGGGAUCCUCUCGGAAACACAGCGAGAAGACAGGUCGUCUUAACUAAUAUCGGAACUGAGACUUCGAGCAUUUUGUGGUCAACAUUCCUCUGUAGUUUUAUCGCUAUAGUUCCACUUGUUUUAGAUUUCUCUCGGAGGAGUUAUUGAGCAGCGAGUUUAGUUCUCAAAGAGUGGCGUGGUUAACAUUUUGAUAUUGGGUACAAUCGUAAAUUUCGUUCCAAUACAAUUGAGCUUCGCCUUCGAAUCUCCUGGUUUUAACGUUCACCUCAAUAUGCCUUCGUCAGCUUUUCCUCCACAAAUUACCAAGCACUACGAACUGAGGCAAACCAUUGGAAGUGGUGGGUUUGCAAAGGUCAAGCUUGCAAUUCACCAGCAAACGGGAGAGAAGGUUGCAAUAAAAGUUAUGAACAAGAAAGAACUUGGUUCUGACCUGCCAAGAGUCCAACGCGAAAUAGAGGCUCUAAAGAACCUUAGUCAUCAACAUGUGUGUCAGCUUUAUCAUGUCAUCCAGACAGAUGAAUACAUAUUCAUGGUCAUGGAAUAUGCCCCAGGUGGAGAAUUGUUUGACUACAUCGUAGCAAAGGAUAGGCUCAAGGAGGAAGAAGCCAGAGGGUUUUUCAGACAGAUUGUUUCAGCAGUGGCUUACAUCCAUGACAGAGGAUAUGCUCAUCGAGAUCUUAAACCGGAAAAUCUGCUUCUUGACGAGGAUCAGAAUAUCAAGCUUAUUGACUUUGGUUUAGUUGCCAAACCAAGAGGUGGAAUGACUGAUCAUUUAGACACAUGUUGUGGAUCUCCCGCAUAUGCUGCUCCUGAACUUAUAUCUGGCUUUCCUUAUCAUGGGAAUGAGGUUGAUCUGUGGAGCAUGGGAGUGCUAUUGUAUGCUCUUCUUUGCGGCUUCUUGCCAUUUGAUGAUGAUAACACAUUUAAGCUGUACAAGCUCAUUCAGAAAGGAGAGUAUGAGGUUCCAGACUGGCUUUCACCAGGUAGUGCAAAAAUUUUGAGCCAGUUGUUACAGGUUGAUCCCAAGAAAAGAGUCACUAUAAAGCAACUGUUAAACCAUGAAUGGAUGAUGAAAGGUUAUGCUGCACCUGUCAGAUGGAUAAGUCGCAUAAAGAAAGAUAAACCUGACCAUGAUGUUCUUCAAGAACUUGCAUCAUAUUAUGACAUGCCUGUGGAUUCCCUGUUGAAGAAUUUAUUGGAGUGGAAGUACGAUGAAUUGACUGCCUUGUAUUUCCUGCUCUGUAAGAAGAAAAGCAAGGGUCAACUGCAAGAACUACUGCCGAGAUACUCCAAGGCCAAGACACGAAAGAGGCUUGAGAGUAAAGAAAAUGAGCAUCCCAAUGUACUCAAGAAAGAAAACACAGAAUACAUUCUCCCCCCACCCAAACCAGUGCCUUACUCUGAGCAUCAGGCCAGAAAGUCCAAAGUUAACAAGGCGGAACCUUGCAUGGAGCCUACAACAAGGAAGACCAGAGCUGGGACCUUACCUUCCAGUGUUCCCUCGACACCUACCAAGAAGGAAGCCACAGAGAUGCCUCCACCGUUAGCUCCAAUUACCCCACGCGUCAAGAAAACACCUGCAAGAGGUGCUGCAGCAGAUAUACCCAUGUCACACUCAGAUUAUGAUUUUGGUAACAACAACUUAACACCAAUAUCUCAGUCAAAAAUGUGGUCACAAUCACUGGACACAAACUUGGAUAAAGCCACGUCCAGAAGAACGCCGUUCAAGUCUCCAUUCACUAUCGGAAGGAAGAGAUUCGGUUCAGUGGACACACCCUCUAGUGCCAGCAAAUGGAGUUCAAGGGGCAUCAUGGGCAGUAUUGAAGAUAGUCUGAACAGAAUUGUGGAGGCAAUCACUCCGAGAGGUCUUGGGGGGCAUGGACCGAGAAAGGUUAAGGCUCUGUAUAACGUGUCUUCAACUUCGACCAGAAGCUCAGAUGAAGUUCUCGACGAGCUAAAACGAGUUUUGGAAGGAAGAGACAUCCUCUUCAAAGAAAAAGGGUAUACUCUCCGAUGCAAAUCAAUAGACGAAAGAGGAAAAGUCCUCCUCGAAUUCGAAAUGGAAGUUUGUCUUAUUCCCAAAAUGGAAAUGAUAGGUAUACGCCGAAAGCGUAUGAAGGGAGACACGUGGGCUUACAAGAAAAUCUGCGAAGAACUCUUGUCUUCAGCGAAGCUCUGAGCAACCCACUACAGUGAGCUGUGGUUGAAGGAGUCCUGGAAACGGUGGAUUGGAAUGGAAAUUAGCCACAAAAUUAAAUUUUGCUAUCAUGUUUCAUUUGAUGACACACCAUGGUUUGCCACUGUAAAUAAUAGUAUUUUACAGUUUUAGUAUUUGCUAGUAUGGAAUCAAUAUCAAUAUUUUCAUGGUGAACUUUCGGCUGUAAAUGAUUAUCAUUGGUGGUUCCCUGAAGCGAAUAACUGCAGUUGGAAAAGUCAUGCAGAGUUUUGGUUGAAUAUGUGUAUCAGUCGAGAUUAUGAAUUAGUCUUAUUGUAAAUACACGUUACAGUUAGCUGUAAGGGAGAACUACAUUACUGAAUGACAGCUGAGUGACAAACGAUUGAAGUUGGACUUUAGGAAUUGGUGGGGGUAGGCUAAAAGAGCUUUCCAUUUGUCUCCAUAAUAGAAUUCACCUUUUGCACACGCGUCGUUAAAAGUCUCGGGUAUGUCUCCUCAUUUCGGGCGAUGUUCAGUCUGGUUAUCUAAAUACAUGAAUGGGAGAUAAAUCUCAACAUGAUGGCCAUCAUGUGAGUCAAAGGUGCUCAGGGUUUGAGAAACGCUUCUUCCCCUAAAAAAGACUGCUCUCUGUGCACCUUAGCAACCCGACCACGAUAAUACCGUCGCGUGUUUGCCAACUUCCCUCGUGCGCACCCUUAGCAACACGCGCUGGUUUCACAGAUCCCAAGUUACAUGUACCUUUUCAUUUGUUGGUUGAGAGCGAAGGUAUAUAUUAAGAUUUAACGAGGAACUUCUCAGUUCAGUUCGUUGCUGCAGCAACCAUUGUAAAGUUCAACUAAGAUUAAUUUGAGAUUCUUUUAACUGGAAUAUUUCUACGUGUUAGAAAUCGUUACUUAGUAUAAUUGAAUCAAAUUUUGCGCUAAUUACAAUGGAGAAAUUUGGGUAAAGGUAAAUUUAAGAGAACUAAUUGAUAAUUGAAAUUUUAUCUU